AUGAGAUAGUGCUACUUGCUUGGUGUUUACAUGCGCAAAAAAUAUGUUUAGGAUGAGAAAUUCUUCAGUCACGAAGACUUGAUGAAUGUUUAAAAACACUUAAUCUAUCAUUCUACACAAAUGUCAAGAUCGACUAGCUCUUAUCAAUCUUUUAUGUAUGGUUUUGGAGAACAAAUUUUUAUGGAUGAUAAGAAAAAUAUUAAGGAGAAUAAGUACUUGAAAUUAAAUCAUUUGAGAUCUAUUAAAUAGAAAAGACUCCUUUCAAGUUUAAGGAUUUAAAAUACUAUUCCUUAUGAGUUAGAAGCCAAGAAAAUGAAUGAAUCUUAUGAAGCUAAUGAAGUUAUGCUAAACCAGAUAGUUUUUGCUAUCUAGGGUGGAAAUAAGGAGUUUCCUGGACUUAAUAAGGAAAUCUGUAAAUACAGCACAAUGAAAACCGGAUCAUUAACUAAGAAUAGGUCUUAAAAUACCUAUCUCAAAGAUUUUAUGAAAGAUCUCAUGAAAAAAGGAGUCUUAUAAAAAGUAAUGGCAAUAUUCGAGUUUGAUCCAAGCUAAUUCGACUAAUUAGAUGUAGAUUUAACAAUGAGGAAAUUUUUAGAGAUUACUGGAGAAGAUGAACGCUCUCAAUAUGCAGAUAAUCAAUAGGUUCGAAUGUACUAGCAUUAAGUCUCAGAGCACUUACUUUAGAGCUUUGAUGCCUAAAUAAUAAAAACCAUUGCAAAGUAAAAAAAUCAGACUUAUGAUCCAAAAUUAGACGAGGGGUAUUUAUUCAAUAAGUAUUAUGUAUUUGCAGGGCAUGAUUAAUACCUUCAAAUGAUGGGAAGACUUUUUGGAUUGCAGAUAAGCUUUGAUUUAAUCAGAUAUGCUGCCACUAUGAUUUUUGAAUUGCAUUUUGAUAAAGAUAUGUUUAUUAAUGGCAAGUGCCAAGAAGACUUUGAAAAAUGCUUUUAUGUGAAGAUAAUCUUUAAUGAGUUUUAGUUGUUUUCUGAGGUUGGCUUUUGCGAUUAUUUGUCAAAUAGAUGUUGGUACAAAGAUUUUAAGCAUUAUCUCUAAGAGAAAAUGCUUAGCAGUCAAGAAUUUUAUGAUAAGUGUGAUGAUGAGUUUAAAUUUACUGGUGAUUAGUUAUUCUUUCCUAGAAUUUAGAAUGUAUGA